AUGGCCCUGCACGGCAUCCCCUUCUUCGUGCUGUGCACGCAGAGCGAGGAGGGCUUGGAUGAGAAGGCGGUCCGGAGGCUCCAGAGCUCCUUCCAAGCGCAGAGCGUCCAGGUGCGGAUGUUUAAUCCCGCCAAGCCGCAUGAGACCUUGGAGCCUUUGAUCAACGACUUCUUCAAGGAGGUGUCCUGGAACCGCAGCAAAGGCGCCAACACCGCCCGCGUCAAGGAUGCGAGUGAAGCCGUGCUUGGCCAAACGGUGCGCAUCAAGAACCUCGAGAAGAAGGCGGAGCUGAACGGUAGGUGUGGGGUGUGCAUCGGCUUCGAAAAGGACGACCAAGACCGGUACGUAGUGCGACUUAUCACCAACGGCGUGGAGACAGACAUCGCGCUGAGGGACCAGAACUUCAGCAUCCUGAAGCCCAAGCUGAGGGGCUCCGUGGUGCAGGUGAAGGGGCUUCAGUCGAAGCCCGAGCUGAAUGGCCGGUACGGCUUUGUGGACGAGUUCUUGCGGGAGAACGAGCGGUACCGCGUCUUCCUGCCGGACAAGCCAGGGGCGGCCUUGACCAUGGCCCUCAAGUCUGAGAACCUUGAGAAGGUGACCUCUACUGACGCCAAGCCAGUGGCUCAGCCCAAGCUGCCGGAGGCGAAGGCCUUCGUCCCGCCGGCUCGGAAGGCCGAGCAGAGGUCGGAGCCCAAGGCAAAGCCGAAGCCCGCGCCGAAGCCAGAGCCGAAGCCCGAGCCGAAGCCCGAGCCGAAGCCGCCAAAGGUGGAUCCGGAGCCCAAAGAGGACAACGACCUCUCAGCCUUCUUGCCGAAGAUGGGCGCUGCUGCGGAAGAAGGCGGCGACGACCUCAUGUCGCGCAUUUUUGCCGCGGAGGACACGGAGGACGCCGCGAUUCCGGCCCCGAAGCCGAAGCCGAAGCCGGCGGAAGCGCCGAAGCCGGCGGAAGCGCCGAAGCCGGCGGAAGCGCCGAAGCCGGCGGAAGCGGUGCCGGUGAGGAGGCUGCAGCUGUCGCUUCAAGGGCUCCUGGGGCUGCGGGUUUGGGCGGUCAUCGGAGAUGAGGCGGAAGAUAUCAUCGACCACCUCAUGGACUGCGGCAAGACGGUCUUCAGCGUGGGGGGUGAGGGCGCUCACUUCGCCUCCCUUGCCGAGCUGGGCAGAGACGCGGCCUUGCCCAAAACGGAGGUCUUGGCGUUCCUGGACAAGGACCCGGCCGCGGUGCUGGCCUGCAUCGACGAUGCCGUGAGGCUCGGGGUGCGCGGGCUGGUGCUGCACGAGGCGCAGCAGCACUUCCAGCGCCGCUUGAAGCUCACUGCGAAAGGCCCGCAACUCGAUUUGAAGGCGACGCUGAGUGAGGGCUCCUCGGAUGUCUUGGCAGAGUGCCGCAGCGCAGGCCUGGCGGCGCACUGCGCGGAUCUCCUGGAACAAGUCCAGCCAGGCUCCGGCCUCCCUGUGGCCCCGCUGGAUUGA